AUGAGCAUAAACGAAAACCCUGGGGAGCCGGAGGCCGUUCAGCAAGCGGAACAACCUCACGUCGCCAAAGCUGAGACAUCUCAUGUAGACCUCGUCAAUAUACCGGCCACCGACUUUGAGAAACAAGAUAACGUUCAAGGCGAUAACUCGGACGGCCGAGUAGAAUGGACUGGACGCCAGAUCCUUGCAACUCUUUCUCUUUCCUGUCUUUAUGUUGGUUCGCAAUUGCCUCUCUACUUCGUGUCUGGAAGUCUCUCGUUCAUCACCAAAGACGUCGGCGGAUCCGAGAUCAGAUCCUGGCUGCCAGAGUCAUACGCUCUGGCCUUCGCUGCGCUAGCUCCAUUCAGCGGAUACCUGCAAGAUGUCUUUGGACGCCGAUACAUCUCACUCACUGGCGCUAUAGUGCUCUGCGUUGGACUCAUAAUAAUCAGCACCGCACAUACUAUGGCUCAGGCUAUCGUGGGUAUGACCACUUCUGGGGUGGGCGCCGCAAUAGGCGAGCUGACGGCGUUGGCGGGAACCUCGGAGCUGGUCCCUGUGAGGAAGAGAGGCUUGUACCUUGGUCUGAUUACCGGCCUCGUACUGCCCUUUUCGCCCAUUUGGAACGCUAUUGCGGUCGUCGGAAUCGCACUUUUCUACUUCCCAGAGUCUCAGGUCCGUGGACGGCGGAUGACAGUCCGGGAGGUCUUGCCGCAAAUCGACUUUGUCGGCGCAUUCCUCUCCGUAGGCGGUCUUGCGUUAUUCUUGGUGGGCGUCACGGCAGGCGUUUCCGAUUCCUGGGUGAGCGCAAAAGUGCUUUGUACGUUGAUCAUAGGCAUUUUGAUGGUCGUCGCCUUCGUCUUCUGGGAAUGGAAAGGCGCGAGCUUUCCGAUGGUCCCUCGUGAGCUUUUCGGACGCCACCGCAUUGUUGCCAUGAGCUUCUUGGUAGCGUUUGUGGCCGGUAUGUACUUUUACGGCAUUCUCAACUUCGUGCCGGUCAUAUACUUGGACGUCUACAGACCGGAUCCGGUUCAGUCUGGUCUCAAAGGAGUCAUUCCCGCUAUUGGGGUCACUGCCGGAGCAGUUGUGCCAAACAUAUUGUUGUCGGCUUACAAAAACCAUAACAGGGAGAUACUGUUGAGUUGUGCAAUUCUGACAACAGCGUUUGGCACUGCGCUCGUGACGUGCACCCCUGAAAACCCGGUCCAGACAGUUGCUCUUGCUACUGUUGCCGGGUUCGGAAUCGGUGGCGUCGUUGCUUUAGCAGUGACAACUGCAGUCAUCGGGUCUCCUGAUGAUCUGAUUGCAACAUGCGUUGCUCUUUCCCUGUCUAUUCGGACGGUUGGAGGUUCGGUCGGCACGGCUAUUUAUUCCAACAUCUUCAGCACCAAGUUAACGCACAAUCUGCCUACAUAUGUGGCUACAUAUGCUGUUGCGGCUGGACUGCCGCCUUCUUCAGCAAAAGCUUUCGUCGAACUGUUCCUUGUGGCACCUCAAAACCUCACGACGCCUGCUGGAGAAGCUGCCGUUCCAGGUUUGACAGAAGCCGUACUGCAGGGAGCGACGAUCGGCGCUCGGUGGGCAUAUGCGGAGAGUCUGAAAGAUGUCUGGUACUCAGCUCUGCCAUUUGGAAUACUGGCGUGCCUGGCUUGUGUGCUGAUUGGGCAGCCGUCGUCGUUGCUGACGAACCGCAUUGCGGCAAAUAUCAAGCGUUGA